CCUUGGUGCUGGAGAGUAGAUAUUUGAAUUCAAUGAUCUUCUUCCCUGUAAUUUUCUACGGCAUUUAAAAUUUAAUCAGCGAUAUUCAAUUUCUUCAGCAUCAGAAAAGCGGCAAACUAGUUGAUUCCGAUUCCUCGAUUUCCAAAUUAGAUUAGCCACAGUAACAAGACAGAAGAGGGAAUGGACGAAGAGUUGUUGGAAUUGCAGCGGCAAUUCGAGUUCGCACAGCAAGCUAAAUCCAGCGUGCGAUUAUCGGAACGGAACGUCGUCGAAUUGGUGCAGAAGCUGCAGCAGCUCGGUAUCAUCGACUUUGAUCUCCUCCACACUACUUCCGGCAAAGAAUACAUCACCCCGGAGCAAUUGAGGAAGGAAAUAGGAGAGGAAAUAAAGAAAUUAGGGCGAGUCUCGGUGAUUGAUUUAGCUGAUAUUACUGGUGUGGAUUUGUAUCACGUUGAGAAACAAGCUGAGCAUUUAGUGUCCAAUGAUCCAAAUUUGAUGCUGGUAAAUGGCGAGAUCAUUACAAAUUCAUAUUGGGAUGGUGUUGCCGAGGAAAUCAAUGAAAGACUUCAAGAGUGCAGUCAAAUUGUGCUGGCAGAAAUUGCCGCGCAGUUACAAGUUGGAUCAGAGUUAGUUCUGUCCAUUUUGGAGCCUCGCGUUGGAACUUUGAUCAAAGGCAGACUUGAAGGCGGCCAGUUGUACACACCGGCUUAUGUUGCGCGAGUCAACGCAAUGGUUCGAGGUGCUGCAAGAGGUGUUUUUGUUCCAUUAAAUUUACCAGCAUUGUGGAACUCGUUGCAAGGUUUGUUGGCAGAAACAGAUGGGGCUAGUGGUGUUGCCGUUGAGGGCUCCUUUUUUCAGUCAUUGUUUAAUGGGUUGGUUAAGGAGGGUGAGAUUCUGGGUUCACUUCGUGCUGGAGUUCACUGGACACCUACUGUUUUUGCUGUGGCUCAGAAGGAGUGUGUAGAUUCUUUUUUCUCACAGAAUUCAUACAUUGAUUAUGGAGCUGUUCAAAAACUUGGAAUUCCACAGCCUGUUCAAUAUCUUCAGUCCAGAUAUUCUGAGGGUAUAGCUCUGGAUACUCUAUUUGCUCACCCAUCAAUAGUUGAGAUGUUAGAUUCUUCUGCUGAGGAUGCCUUUGAGCGUGGUAGCUGGGUGGAUGCACUUUCUGUAUUGCCAUCAUCCUUUAGUUCACAAGAUGCAUCUAAGGUUUUGUCCCUUUGCCCAUCAGUUCAGAAUGCGCUUAAGUCUAAUAAGGCAAUUAUCUUGGGGGACUCGUAUGUGUUUAGCAAUGGCUUUCUCCAGGUGCUAUUUGACCGCUUAGAGAACGAUACAGAAACUUUGAACCUUGAUCCAUCCGCUAGCCUGGGACUAUCAGAUAGUUCCCAGACCAACAAUGAUGCUUCAAGUAAUGAUGCCUUGUCUGGGUCAAAUGAAACUGGAAAACUUGGGCUUUCUGGAAAACAAGCUCCUGAUAAAGGUUCCAAGAAGAAAAAAGGAAAAUCUAUGGGGAACUCCAAGAUGGAAGCAGCAGAAGUUGAUCUCGAUUACCAAGAAACAGCACCUACCAAGUCUAAGAAAAAUCAGAAGAAAAGCAAGGUAGCAUCUUCUUCACAUGCAUCAGAUUCAAGACCAGGGGCAAAAAAAGACAAUGACAAGACGAAAGAGGACAGUCUUAAUUGUAUAUCAGAAGAAUGGCUAAUUCAAAAGAUCAAGCCUAUGGUCCCUGAUAUUGAAGAACAAGGUAUAGAAGAUCCUGAGGCCUUCCUGGCACCUUUGGCCAGCUAUCUUAGACCAAAGCUACUUAAUUCAUUGAAGGAAAGAAGAAAGGCUGCAUUCACACAAAAUGCGCAGCGCAUGAAACGAGUAAUGGAUAAUCUGCAACGUAAACUAGAUGAGUCUUUCUUAAACAUGCAGCUGUAUGAGAAGGCACUGGAUCUGUUCGAAGAUGACCCAUCAACAUCUGUUCUUUUACAUAAACAUUUGUUGCGGUCUACAGCUACCCCAAUUGUGGACUUUUUGCUGCUGGACCUGGACACACACAAUAAAUUGAAAAAUGGUAUUGAAGCUGAGGAUUCCGAAAAGACUGAAUCUACACUUAGCCCAGGAGAUAGAAAUACCCUUGCUAAAAGUCUUCCUGGGCCUCUUUCUCAAAAAGCACUUGCAGUAAUCGAAUCCUUGGAAGCUAAGAGGGUUGAAACUUUUAUGACUGCCCUGCGAGCACUAGUAGAUGAAAGUGGGCUAGUUUUGAAGAAGCUGGAUAAGAAACUGGAGCGAACUCUUCUACAUUCAUAUCGCAAGGUUAGGAGUUCCAUUGGAUUUCUAAUCUGGAGACAUCAUAUGCACUGUGUGCCCCCUGUCUGAUUUGGAAUGUGGUAUUCCAGUUGCUCCUGGGCUUGGGAACCAGUAAUGGUGUUUCACCUGUGAUAUAAAAUGUUGGAAUCAUAUUUUUAGAACAAUGCUCCAGGUCCUGCAAUUACCUUCAAAUUGGUGAAUUUGCUGGAAGUUGGGAAAAAUAGUCUUUUAUUUUUUCACCAUUUUCAGAUGUCCUUUGAUGUACAUGCAGCGCUAAAAACUUAAAGAAUAAUACUAAUUCAUUGUGUAUAUGUUGAUUGGAAAUUGAAUAGUGGUGGUGAAGUUGCAUGGCUAGUCAUAUGCAUUUCUUUUCGUUUAUGUAUGAAUGAAUUUCAGAAUCUUUGAGGUGACGAUUUUCUUUUGCUUAUAGGAUUUGUUGUCUCAAAUAUCUGCUGAAUCUGACCCUGUUUCUAUUCUUCCGAAAGUGGUUUCUCUACUUUACGUGCAGGUAAGUGACUUUAAUGUUUUUGAAAAGUGGCUUUUGGAAAAUCUCGCUCCACCUGGAUAUGUUGUCAUUUUGAAUCUUUGCUCUUAUGUCAUUUCCUUUGUCUAAUAGAUCCAUGGAAAAGCUCUCCAAGCUCCUGGAAGGGCCAUUUCGAUUGCAGUCACUCGAUUGAAGGUAGAACUUUAUCUUCUAGAACACUUCUUUUAUUGGUGGUAGUCCUUAUGCCCUUCCACCUAAGCAAAGGAUGUGUGGAGGCAAUGUAUAGGCUUUUACAUUUCAACAUAAUGUUAACACCCAAGACCCAAACCAUUGUUUUGUUUGGGGGGGGUUGUUUGUAGUUAACACUGAUCCCUUCUUUCAUCUACUCUUUAGACUACCUAUGUAUCAAGUAACCUCGCAGAUGGAUGUGUUUUUUGUUAUAUUUAGCUUUAAAUUGAAGCCUUGGCACAGUGGUAAGAUCUGUAACCAAGUGACUUAGAGUCAUGGGUUUAGAGUCCUGGAUAGUGCAUCUUGUAGUCAUUAAAGGGUAGGCUGCUUGUAUUAGGCGUCAAUGGUUACAUGCUUGAGCUGCUAUGCACUGAGCUCCCUUUUCUUUUGCUUGAAAGAAACCAUGUUUUAUCGACUUUUGCAGGAUAAAUUGGAUGAUGAAGCAUUCAAGAUCUUGCAAGAUUACCAAGCUGCAACUGUGUCUCUUUUAGCAUUGAUGGCAGGGGCUACCGGCGACGUGAGUAUUUUUUUUUAUUUUACUUUGAUUGUCUUUUCUGGAAAAACAUUGGUUUACCUGAUAGAGCAUACACAAAGUUUUUAUGGCUUUUUGUUUAUUUGUUACAUAGAUUUUGUUCUCAUGUUUACUUAUCUCAACCUGGCAUUGUGCAUGUUGUAUGAUAUGUCGCAAAAGAAUUCUCAUAAGUUCACAACCAUUGUGAUGGUUUAGGCGGAGGAUUGUACAUCCGAUAGAAUCUUAACAAAAAAAGAGCUCUUGGAGGAAUUGAUGCCUGCAUUGAAAGGAUUAGUGUUGGGUUCAUCACAACCUUAACCGGUUGAAACUUUAAACUAGUUUGCAGAAGUUAAUAUGACGUGAAAGCUGGUAUCCAUCUGCACAGAUAAAGGUGAAAUUUUCAGGCAAGUGGGCGCAUACUCAAACACUAGAGACCAUAGUUAGAGCAGUUGAGCUCAUUUGAUAACCUUGUGUAAACUGAGCGGAUGAACUGGAAAUGUGAAUCGAUGGAGUGCUUUUAUUAGUUAUAUUGAUGUGCUUAAAUAUGUGUAGAAGCAACUUCCUUUUAGUUUGUUAAUCAAAUUCUCUGUUUGGGGGGAAAGGAGUUUACUCAGAGAUCAAAGUUUCAUUAGCUUACAUACAUCAAAGUUUCAGGGUCAGGGGCAAUCCCAUUUUUGUACUCCCUCCGUCCUAUAAUUAUUGUCCAAUUUGGGUUUUCAUUUCUAAUUCAAAUGUUACUAAAAGUGAAAUAUAAAACUAGACAGUAAUUUUGAAACAGAGAGAGUAUUAGAGUACAAUCUAGGUGUCAUCAUCCUUGGUUUGUCUAUUGCAUGGGGAACAUUUCCAUUAUCAAACCUUCUGUAUUCCUUUUUACCAAAUACCAAAAAGAAUGUUUUGUUAGUUUUAUAAUCGGAGGAUAAUUCCAUGUAAUGAAGUGGCAUUGGGCGAUGGUGCGUAAGCUGAUGGCUGCAAACCUGAGACAUGACAUUACAGCAACGGAUGAACCUUUUUUACCGACAUCAUUCCCUCAGAUAAUGGUAGUAUUUCUCCUCUCAUUAUUAAAUUUGAGUAACCAACAACAAAAUAAUCAUGUUCAUAUGCAGGGAUAUGCUCUUUUUUACUUUCCAAAAUAAAUUUGUUUAUUAUUUUCAAGAAGCUACUGUGUAAUGUUCAAGGAUACACUGUAAUGUUGAAGGAUAAAAAUACUGAAC